CACUCAGCUUCACACUGGAGAACUUGAUCUUGACCAACACGUCUGGAUUCAUUGGAAGAAGAAGAGAAGAAAAACCCUCAACACUAAAUCCAGAGUCUGAGCUGUGAAUACCAAGAAGGUUUUCAUCAUCAAUCUCAACUGUUUUAAAGCUUGGAUAUCUGAACCCGGCAUCAACCUCUUGGGAACAUUUUGCAUUUUUUCUUUUUUUUAAUUUCUUCUUUUUUUUUUUUUUUUCCCACUCUUGGGAUUUAAACUUCGGCCGGUCCGUGUGGUCGCCCCCUCCUUCCCGGAGAGGGUGUAAAGUGGACGUUGGCCCGGAGAUGCGGUGCUUUCUCCCGCUUACUGUGUAUUGCAUCAGCCUGAUUUCCCUCCAACAGCUGCUGGCUCUGCCGGCGCAGGAGCGUCCCGACACCGACAGGUUGGACCUCCUCAACAAGCUCUUCGACCAGAGCGAGGACGAGGCCUCAGCGUCAGAAAUCCAGACUACCAGUGACCCCUCCGAAGCACCUAGCGAAUCCUCAAAAUGGCUGCCUGGUUUACUGACACAGAAGCCCGCUUCAGGAGCAAGACCACCCUCACCAAACCUGGCAUGGGCAAGACCAGCUGACUCUUCAAAAAUUGAACGUAGGGCCCUCAGGGCUCGGCGCCACACUCAUUCGGGAUCACGAAACAGUCACCACUACCCCCAGCAUGCCCAGUUAAUGAGAGUGGGAUGUGUCCUGGGAACAUGCCAAGUGCAGAACCUCAGCCACCGACUCUAUCAGCUCAUUGGUCAGAGCGGCAGAGAAGACUCGUCCCCCAUCAACCCCAGGAGCCCCCAUAGUUAUGGAUGAGUUUUGGCAAUUUGAAACACCCAUAGCAAGUCUAUCUAUAUUUUCAUUUAUUUAUCUCUUAACGUAUUACUAUUAGUUUUUGCAUUAGAGUUUGAUGUAGUCCAUUUGUUUAUCUAUUUCAAAAUGACAAUUAUAAUCUCAUAAAUGUGCCUCUUUGGCUUUUUGUGCCGACUGAUGGAUUUGGAGACUGAAGUUAAAGAUCAUGACUGACUGAAUCUUCUCUAAAAGCACAUAUUUGAGUAUGCCAUUGACCCUGAGAAUACCUGCCUUCUGAGGAAAGCUAUGUCAACGUCUUACAUAAUAUGGUAUGAAUUCCAAAUAAUGACUGGCUGACUCUACCUUGAUAUCCAAAAGCCUAUAAUGCUUGCCUUUCAAGGAUAUCUUUUUAGAAUCGUGAAGAUUCAAAUUCAGGAUAAUGGCUGACCAAAUUCUUUUUGUAAAGCCAAAUUGGAGUUUUCUAUCCACUCUGAGAACGGUUGCCUUUUGAAGGAAGUCAUGUCAGUCUUUUCUAGUUCUCCCCUCUGAACUCCUAAAAGAAACCAAACGGCCUCCAUUUGACGUCUUAAUCCUGUUAAUGUAAGAGUGAAGGCUUGUCCUCAACACCAUCCAAUGGCCUGGCCCUGUCUGCCAGCUGACCUCCCCAUUGGUGGUUAUCCCGCGGCUCAUUGAUCAAACACUUAAGCCCCUAAUGUGGAUUUCACUCUGCACUCAGACCAGCCCUGUCAAAACCAAUGUAUUCCCAAAGACCUGGUAAAUGACCCAAUGAACUCUUUUACCUCUUCUUUUUGAGCCCCUCUUCAUUGUCAGCCUUGGAACUCCCAGGCCGUACCCAACUCCACAUGCAAGUUCAAUCUGAACACUGAAAUCCUUGGAAUAUCCCAAAACGUUACAGUAGGACCAGGAAUUCGUCACUCAGUAGGACUUUUUGUUUCAGGACCAAAGUUUACAGUCAGAACCAGCCACAGCACUUUGGUUACACCCGAGUUUAAGUGCAUUCUGGGGUCAGGACUUAACCACACCAACUGAAAAUGAAAAGGAAGAGGGUCAGCAUCCAGGGCUCUAAAAGGAAUCUGAACAGAAACUGACUUCCCAAAGGAACACUUUCGGUGUUGCAUUAUAUUGGCCCGUCAGCCAACACAGCAGGUCGCAAAGAGAACCUGAGAGCCAUGGAUCUGGGCACUGUCGCUGCACUUCUGGCUUUCCCUGCCAGAGGUCAAGUGUGAAAUAUUAGCCCUUUCACGUGAUUCAUAAGUUCCCCUCACAAGUCAGGACUUUGGGUUGGUGGUGGUUUAAUAAGCCCAACCUUAUCGCUUCAGUCAUAUGUACUCUCACAGCAGGGGAGGGGGGCUCCUGAGCCUUCCAUGGUCCACCCAUUCAACAUUAAUAAAUCAAGGGCAAGGCCUAUGGCUUCCACACACACAAAAUGAAAUGUUUAAAGUGACAUCUUUAAGUUUUCAGAUACUUGGAGGUUGGUUGCACCAGUGAAAACAAAUAUUUUUUCUUUAUUUUUAAAGCCUCGUCUAACUUGAAUUUCUUGUUCUGUGAAGAAAUGUUGCUGUUGUUGUUUAUGACAUUUGCUUGAAGUCACUCUUCAAGGUUUAAAGUAAACUCUGCUUACAUCUACAAUAUAAAUACAAAGUGCGGAUGCUCAAUAGCAUGGGACCAAUCAAGCAAAGUAGACCAAGGCCCAAUCCCAAUGUUUCUGCUUUGUCCUACAACUAUGUCCUGUUUUCAGUGUUAGGUCAAGGGAUAAUGGUAAUUUAGCCCUGAAAUGGUCCUCCAAAUAGAGCCAUGUCAAACUCAGAAUUUAAAAUGGAUUGGUUAACAACAUUCCCAAAUCAAUUGGCCAACCGAGGCCAUAAUUCAUGGAACAAGCAUAUCUCGGGGUGAAAGGGUCAAAUCAAACUAACUUGUUUGAUGAAAGCAUUAUUACGUUGGAGUACAUUGGUUUAUUGUCUAUGCAAGUAAUAUGUUUUUCGAUUUUUAUAACAAGCAUUACGAAAAACUAGAGGAAGAGCCAAGGGGGGAAUGGCACAGUGCCUGCAAAAGAAAGUAGAAUGUGUUUGGGGAAAUUUUCUUUAAGAUAAUUUUAAGAAACCCAAUACUCCUCUCAAAUUCUCAAGUCAAAAUGAUGUUUUACCGGGCAUCAUUUUCCCACAUUCUUUGACCAAUUGGAGGUCAUUACAAAGCCUUUAAUGUUGGCGAAUCCACUAAUAUGUCAAAUCAUCCAAUAAAAGAAAAUGGUCUUGAGAUAGGUUGGAUAGCAAUAUACACUGAUAGAGAAUACAUUAAGGGUUUUGAAAAAGGAUAAUUGGCAACACAUUAUAGUUUAUACACAGGUCUGUUCAGGCACCUUUUUUGUUCACAUGUAUUUAGUUUAAAGGGGUUUAAAUGAGUCCUGAGCUGACGGCUAAAAGCUCUGCUGUUACAUUGUGGGUUUCUAAUGAGAAACCCCAGUGACCAAAAUGUUAGGUGUUAGAGUGCCCAAUUUCAAAUAAAUGUGCACAGAACAGAAUAGCACCAUCAAAAAUACAUGCCCUGACAUUUCCUUUUUUCUAAGUUAGUCCGUCUCUGAAAUGGUGGGCGGAUUAUAGGCCGAGAAUAACCGAGGUCAAGCCCUGCAAGUCCAAAUUUGACUGGCCUUAUACUUUCCAAACACAUGCAGCCCCAUCUAUAAAACGUACAUUUUUGUUGAGAAACACAAUUAUAUUACAUAUCACUGACAUACUUCUGUUCUUCUAUUCCAAGAUUUUACUAUUUGUUGGCCUGAACGUAGCUUGCAAAAGAGUGGUUGAGCAUUUCAUUGUAGGAAAUCAGGCCAAGCUGUUGGCCCACUUUCUGAAUUUUGUGCACAGUUCAGCUUUGAUUAUGACUUGUUCAGUCACAUGAGUGUUUUUAGCCUUUGUUAUUGUGCAUGCAAUUUCACAUGAAGCAUUAGUUUAAACUCACCAAAUACCUGGCGAUACUUGACAAAUCAAAACAUCUACAUCUUAUGAAAAUGUAUUCUUGUAUAUUUAUCUGGUAUUACUUUGGGUCUUAUUCAGUUUCUUCUUAUAUUUAGUCUCUCAGCCACAAUCUGGACUCUCUUGUGUCUGUAAACAUUAGGAGGGUCUGGAGGUCACAGGGUAAUAUUCCUUAGUCUUAAUCUGUUCAAAGGCUUGCUGAGGUGAAACAUGCCAUUCUCUCUGCUGUAAUGGAGCUAAUCAAUGUCUCGUGACGGAUCAUUAAAAGACUUUUGAAACGCUCUAAAACCCUGGUGGAUCUCUUCUACUUUUCAAAUUGUGCUAAUUCUGUGUUUGAGCUGCUGUGCGUAGCCUAUCAGGAGACUUAUCUGCUGUGUUUAACCUGCUCUCUGGACCAUUGUGCUGCCUGACUCCCACACUACAUUUUUUUUUGUGACGUCAGAAGUUGCAUCACGUAAAGUUGUGUGAGCACGACCGCUAAUACCUCCCCGUAGAAACAUCCAGAGUCUUCAUGGCUCGCUCUUUGCAAAGAGGAAUGAGAGCAGACAGACUCGGUGUGUGAAAAUAUUUCUGUUAGUUUUGUGAGAUAGUCAACGCAGUCGCACGAUCUCCUUUAGGAUUACAGGAAAGCACUUUAAUGCAAACGCUUGUGUCGAGAGUUCCCCUCGUUGUGAUGAAGUUGUGAAAGUUUGACGAGGCUCCUCUUGUAAAUGUUGCUUUUGAGAUGUGUUUUGAAGAUGUCGGUGCACUCCAUGUGGACGAUUGUGAACGACGUGUGCACCUAUGAAAAAAACAUAUUUAUAUUUAGCCAAACUAUUUAAGUAAAGUUAUGUAUUUAAGUUAUCUUUGUAUGUUCAUAUCUGUGUGUCGCCAAAGACUAUUUAUCUCUCCUUCAACGUGACCUUAUGGUAGGAAAGGAAGUCUUAACUGUAGUUCAAAUGUUACUGUUUAACAAUGUCCUUCUCUCUGUAAAAUAAAGAACUAUACUGUAGCA